GAGGGAGAGAGCGAGAGAGAGCAGUAAGAUCCACCAGAAGAGGCAAGGAGCAGACGGAGGAGGCCAAGAAGAGCGGGAGAAAGUGCAAGAGAAGAGAGGAGGGAGAGGGAGAGCGGAUUCAGCCUGCAAUACAUCAGAAAAAGACAUAAAGAAGAAAGAAACCAGUACUGGAGGGAGUGGGGAAAAGUGAAUUGACUCCAUCAUCUGACGCCUGCAAAACAGCCCAACAUGAGCAACCUACAAUACCAAACUUUCCACGGGGAUCAAUCUGCCUCUCCAAACCCGCCCUCCUACUCAGAAAAGGAUCCCUGCAAAGAAUCUGGCCCCGCUGGAUCGACACUUCCCAUGGGCCCAGGGGCAGCUGCCCCUCUGCCUCCUCCCUAUGGCUUACCCGGCCCAGGCUACCAACCUCCGAUCGUUCAGCCCCAGCAGACGGUCCUGAUCACCCCGGUCUACCCUUCCACUGAACCGGAUUACCUGGCUUACUCCAUCUUCACCAUGCUCUUCUGCUGCUUACCUUUGGGAAUCGCUGCCUUGGUUUUCUCCAUACAGACCCGAGAAGCCAACCACUCUGGAAACAACAUGGCUGCUCAGCGAAAUUCCAAGUUGGCCCGCAAAUUUUCCCAUGCAGCUCUUGGUUUUGGCAUCGUCCUCUUGAUCAUAAAUAUCGUCAUACUGUAUCAGUUGCGCAGAUCCUGAAGGGUUGUAUCCAGUGGUGGGAUUCAAGUAAUUUAACAACCGGCUCUCCGCCCUAAACGAUUUCUUCCAACAACCAGUGUGCCAGACUGCAAAGAAAGUUAACAACCGGCUCUCCCGAACUGAUGCGAACCAGCUGAAUCCCACCACUGGUUGUCUCUUCUCUUCCUUGGAUUCAUCUGUAUUGGGCGAUUUGCAUCGAAAGAUACAGCAGCUUAUUGACACGCAAACACACCUGGAAAACAUCAGGAUUUCCUUGCUCUUUACUGCCAACACCGGCUCUAGGACGAGGUUUUGUGGUUCUAGCAGCUAGAUUGUACAUGAGUUGUAGAUGUCCACUGAUAAAGAUACUCCGACUCUACAAAGCACCUAUUGAAGCAAGGGAAAGCGGGUGUCGGGUGGCAAGAAUCAAAUGGGAUGCAAUAACAUGCCCAUAAAUUGUCAUGUUGUCAUCAGAGUUGAAUUAUCAAUCUCCUUGGAACCACACAAGGGGUUGAGAUCACCUCCUUCCCGCCGUUCCUCCUCCCAUCAGUCCACCAUCUUCUCAUUUCCUCUUCUAGAUUAUUCCGUACAUUUCAGUAAUGAAGACCACAGAUCAGUGGUGAAAUCCAAUUUUUUUUUACUACCGCUUCUGUGGGCGUGGCUUGGUGGGCAUGGUGUGGCUUGGUGGGCGUGGCAGGGGAAGGAUACUGCAAAAUCUCCAUUUCCAUCCCACUCCAGGGGAAGGCUAUUGCAAAAUCUUCAUUCCCACCGCACUCUGAACUGCUCAAAAUUUCCACUACCGGUUCUCCAGAACCUGUCAGAACCUGCUGGAUUUUACCCCUGCCACAGAUCUUGUGUGUGUGUGUGUGGUUGUGAAGUCAUUCAGCUGCUUCUGAAACCUGAGUGGACAUUCUUUUGCCAGGGUUGUCUACAAGGAACCAACUUUCUGAGCCCUUGUAAGCGCCUGCCCAUGUCAUCAGAGGGGGCAUCUACCUACCUUAGAUGCACAGCUUUUCAUUGUCCUGUUGUUGUUUUGAAUAGCUUUUGAUUCUUCCAAGUACCAGGGUUUCCCUCAGUUAUUCUUCCUUUUGCAUGAAAUAUUCGAAGUUUUAAUUUCUGGAUCAGUGCUUCCCAAAAUUCACUGGAGGGGGGGGUGUUUAUUUUUCCCCUUCAUCUAAUAUAGCUUUUUGAGCACACCCCAAUUCUGAUGCUACAAAUUGUUAAUCAAGGCCCUUCCCUCCAAUUAUAUAUCACACAAUAGCUUUUCUCUGCUCGCUGGUUCCGUCACUUCUCCUCCCGUUCCGUUUUCAAAAUCCAAGAAAGCACCUGAAUGCAACUAUUCAGAGUCCCAUACCCAAGAGGACUACAUCCAGUGGUGGGAUUCAGCCAGUUCGCACCUAUUCGGGAGAACCGGUUGUUAACUUUCUAAGCAGUUCAGAGAACCGGGUGUUGGAAGAAAUCUCCUUUUGUUUUUUUUUCACUUUACAGGGCUAAUCCUGUAAGGAAGGCAGGAAGGAAACGUUCUGGUGUUGUUUCUAGCCUAAUCUUUAUUGCCCUGCUUACAGAAACUGCCUCUCUGGUUAACCCUUAGUACAUUGUAACAGCUAAGGCGAAGCACGCAUCGACGUGAGUGAUGUUGAGUUGGCCACACCCACAUGGUCACAUGACCACCAAGUCACAUCUACUCAGCUGGUCAUUAGGGCAGAGAACCGGUUGUUAAAUUAUUUGAAUACCACCACUGACUACAUCUGACAGGGUUGUUCAUCAAGUAUGGUCUCCUUGGUUUUCCUAAAACAGUUUUUGCUUACCUCUUUGGAACAGAAGAACGGGAUUAACAUCUGAGGACUGAAAUAAAUAUUGUAUGAUGAAAAUAAAGAAAUGGAUC